AGUCUAGAGAGAGAAUUGUGACAAGUAAUCAGGAAAAUAAGGGUAGUGCCUAGAUCGAUGUAGAGAAGAAUAAAAAUAAAGAAAUUUGUCUAGAGAAAAUACAAUAUUGAAUUUAGCAAGAUUCAACAAUGUUGCUGAACUUCCAGACAGUAUCAAUAGUAUUAGCCACAUUAAUACCAACAGGUUUGAGCAUAAAAUGCUUUCAGUGCAGUUCAGCUGAAGAUCCAAAAUGCGCUGACAUCCAAUCAAAUGACACUUCUAGUCCCUUCCUAAAAGAAUGUAAAGGUGUUUAUAAUGGUCAUACACCUUUUUGUAGGAAAUUAGUAACUUUAGUUCUGGAAGGUGAGAAUAAAAGGAUAACAAGAACCUGCGGAUGGCUGACAGAGAAAGACGAAACUAGGGCUGAUUCCUGCACGAAAAAAGAUUCAGAUUUUAUUUUCAAGACUUCCUGUAACUGUUUUUCGGACAAUUGUAACCACAGCACAAAUUUAAAGAUUACAUUCUCAGUAUUUUUGAUGUGUCUAUUUAUCAGUUUGUCAAAAUACAUCGGUUGUACUUAAGAAAAUGUGAAAAAUUUGUGUUCUCUUCUAUGAAUAAAAAGAUUAAGGAAGAAGCAAAUCAACAAACUUGAGUGGAACGCGAUGGGAGAUUAAUAUUGAUUUAUCAGUGUCAUUCUAAUUUUAUUUAAAACUUGUAAAAAUAUAAAGUAGAGUAGACUCAGUUGUUAAUAAAUCUCAUUAGUUAUUUAA